UCAAAAAUUUAAAUCAAAAGAGAGUGCCAGAGGACAGAAGAAAGAAGAAAAGGCAUUUAGAACGAAAAGGCAUUUAGAGACUGUUUGGAUCCUUCGGCUUGGUCAAGAACAUGUUCCAGGUGCUCCUUUGGGCCUUCUGCCUUUUCACCAGAUUCACACCGGUACUGCCCAUGGCCCUGGAUCCCUGCUCUGCGUACAUUAGCUUGAACGAGCCCUGGAGGAACACGGACCACCAGCUGAAGGAGGAGGACGGCCAGCCUACCUGUGACAACCACGUGGAUGGGGAGUGGUACCGCUUCACAGGUAUGGCGGGGGACGCCAUGCCCACGUUCUGCAUCCCGGAGAACCACUGCGGCACCCACGCACCCAUCUGGCUGAACGGCAACCACCCACAAGAAGCGGAUGGCAUCGUGCAGCGCCAGGCCUGUGCCAGCUUCAAUGGGAAUUGCUGCCUCUGGAACAACACUGUGGAGGUCAAAGCCUGUCCUGGAGGCUAUUAUGUUUACCGUUUGACUAAGCCCAGUGUCUGUUUCCAUGCCUACUGUGGCCAUUUCUAUGACAUCUGCGAUGUGGUGGACUGCCACGGUACUUGCUCAAACUCUGAAUGCACGUGUUCUGAAGGAACCGUCCUGGGCCCAGACCAGCAGACUUGCCUGGAUGAAAAUGAGUGUGAAAAAAACAACGGGGGCUGCAGUGAGAUCUGCGUAAACCUGAAGAACUCGUACCGCUGUGAAUGUGGGGUUGGGCGUGUUCUAGGAAGUGAUGGCAAAACCUGUGAAGACAUUGAGGGUUGUCAAAAUAAAAAUGGCGGCUGCAGCCAUUCCUGCCGUGGAUAUGGAAACACUUAUCAAUGUGAAUGCCCUCGCGGGUUGGUGCUAUCUGAAGACAAUCACACUUGUCAAGUCCCUAUGAGAUGCCAGUCGAAUGCUAUUGAAGUGAAUAUCCCCAAGGACCUGGUUGGAGGGCUGGAGGUCUUCCUGACCAACACGUCUUGCCGAGGGGUCUCCAAUGGCACCCACAUCAAUAUCUACUUCUCCCUCAAGACCUGUGGCACUGUGGUGGAUGUGGUCAAUGAUAAGAUCAUCGCUAGCAACCUGGUGACCGGGCUCCCCAAGCAGAUGCCCGGCAGUAACGGCGACAUCAUCAUCCGCACCAGUAAGCUGCUGAUCCCGGUCAUCUGCGAGUUCCCUCGCCUCUACACCAUUUCUGAAGGCUACGUGCCCAACCUCCGCAAUUCUCCCCUGGAAAUCAUGGGGCGCAGUCAGGGGAUCUUCCCCUUCACUCUGGAGAUCUUCAAAGAUAACGAAUUUGAGGAGCCCUACCGGGAGACGCUGCCCACCCUCAAGCUGCGGGACCUGCUCUACUUUGGGAUCGAGCCCCUGGUGCACGUGAAUGGGCUGGAGACCCUGGUGGAGAGCUGCUUUGCAACCCCAACAGACAAGAUCGAUGAGAUCCUCAAGCACUACCUCAUCCGAGAUGGCUGCGUGUCAGAUGACUCAGUAAAGCAGUAUACGUCCCGAGAUCACCUCACAAAGCACUUUCAAGUUCCCGUCUUCAAAUUUGUGGGCAAAGACCAUCAAGUGGUGUUUUUACAUUGCCGAGUCCUGGUCUGCGGGGUGCUUGAUGAGCAGUCCCGCUGUGCCCAGGGUUGCAACCGGCGGAUGCGACGUGAAGCAAUUAAGGAGCAGGGAGCCCACUUGCAGAACCACAUACUGACCAGCGGCCCCAUCAUUAUCGACAGGGAGGACUAGCAGCAAAUCUGCUCCAUAUCUCUGGCUCUGGGCUUCUCCAUGAUUCAUAACUUCCCCACCAUAAAGCCUUCUAAAGAAACUGAAUCAGCGUUCAAGAAAGCUCGGUGUUCAAUGACACAUUAUUUUCUGUCAUCUUACGGUUGUGGAAGAUACUCUUGGCAUCUUAUCUUUUCUGGGUUAUAGCUGGUUGAUAAGAUUCAAAACGUCACCAAAAGGCAUGGUUUAUCAUAGGGGACCUGGUGCUUUUGUUAUUGAAGGGAGGAUCAUCUAUUCAAAAGACCUCCCUAUUUCUCCCACAAUGCACUCCCUUUUUUUGUGGUUUUAUUCCUUUUCUUCAAAAUCUCAAAUAAUUCUAAGCAUUAGUACAGUCAGAAGUAAGGAACUAGUUAUCAGGAGACUUGAGUCUAGAUUUUAGGGUCAUUUAGACAACCUAAGAGACUUUUGUUCCUAAGGAAAAAAAACAAGAAUUUGACAAUCAUAGAGGUGGAGAGCUGGCUUACAAUUUUUUAAAAAGCCAAGGGCCAGUGGUAAUGGAAACAUAAAUAUAAGAAGCCAGAGUCACAUUUCAAGCUUAAAUCAAAGAAAUGCUGGAGGAAAAAAGUGUUAUGAAAUUAUGUAUUAAAAUGCAAGAGUUCAAGGUCUUUAAAUAUGUAAAUUGUCAUUGCACCCUAACAUUUCCAAUAGAUAUUCAAGGUCAUUACAGGGGAAAGAGGUGCUUACAAACAUGUUUAAUAAAGGAGACUAUUAAGUUUUCUCUGACAUGGCAUUUUUGUGUUUUCUUCCCCUCCCCCCUUUUUAAAAUUUUGCUCUUUGUCAUUUGUUCUCUUAUUUUUUAUUGUUUUUCUCUUUUAAAAAGUUUGAGGGGAUUGUCUCAUUGGCCAUAGUCAUAAUCCAUUUAAUAAAUGCUUGUUAAUUGAUAAA